AUGGCCGGAACAGGAGACUACUCUGCUGGAUACUUCGCAGAAGACAAUGGAUCGCGACCUGACGAGACGGUCUUGGUCGAUGUAAACAACGUUUGUAAUGCCUUGUCCUGGGUUCGAUUCACCCAGGCCUGGGUCAUAUUGUCCAGGGCACCGCCAAUCUCACCUACGGGCACAGGGCCAAUCUACUGGACACACUUUGUGGAGAAUUACGGAUUUGAUACGAUCAAGAUGCUGUUCUAUCUCAGCAUCUUCGCGACCUUAGACAGGUCGUCGUUGUUUCGUCUGAGCUGGGAUGAGAAGUGUGCUGCUACUGGGUUCCCCGCCUUGACUAAACACCACGAUUCGCAAGGAUUCUGGGACGGGCCCUCCAACGGCUAUAGAUCUGGCGAGAUUAGACAGUACCUUCUUAGCCGGCCUACGAGCCUCAAGCCUCCCCGUACCAAACUCCGCAACCCAAUCCACAUCCUCGCUGAGCUCGACCGCCACCAAUGGCUGAUGUUCGCCGCCGGGUUUCUUGGCUGGUGCUGGGAUGCCUUCGACUUCUUUACUGUGUCUUUGACUGUUACCGAGAUCGCGACGGAGUUUGGAGUCUCUAAUGCCGAUGUGUCAUGGGGUAUCACGGUUACUCUCAUGCUCCGUUCAGUUGGUGCUUUGAUCUUUGGAAUCAUUUCCGAUCGGUAUGGCCGCAAAUGGCCGAUGAUUAUAUGUUUGGUUCUGUUUAUCAUCCUAGAGCUUGCUUCAGGCUUCGCCCAGAAUCUUCAACAGUUCCUAGCCAUACGAUCCCUAUAUGGUAUAGCUAUGGGUGGGCUCUUCGGCCCUGCUGCUGCGACUGCGUUGGAGGACCUUCCUUAUGAUGCGCGCGGACUACUAUCCGGUAUUUUCGAGCAAGGCUACGCGACAGGAUAUCUGCUGGCAGCUAUCUUCUAUCGUGCUCUUGUCCCUACGACGACUCACGGCUGGAGGUCACUCUUCUGGUUCGGAGCUGGCCCUCCCGUCCUCAUAAUUGCAUUUCGACUAUGUCUCCCGGAAACCAAUACCUUCCUGAUCAUGAAGGCUGAAAGAGAGGCUGCUAUUGCCGCCGGCGAGGAGGAGCACCACACAGCCGCACAGGGCCUGAGAGCUUGGGCUAAGGACGCUCGCGAUGCCAUCAAGCCCAACUGGUUCCUUUUCGUCUAUAUGGUGGUGCUCAUGACCGGCUUCAACUCCACCAGCCACGGCUCUCAGGAUCUCUUUCCAACAUUCUUGAAAAACCAGGUGGAGCUCGAUGCAACAGACGUGACAGUCAUCAGCGUCGUCGGCCAGAUUGGCGCCCUCAUCGGCGGCGGCACCCUGGGCUACAUCAGCACCUUCUUUGGCCGGCGGCUGACUAUGUGCACCGCCUGCGUCUUCGGCGGUGCCAUCCUCCCAUCAUACGUCCUCCCUCACUCCAUGAAACUGGUAGCCAGCGCCUUCUUCCUGCAGUUCUUCGUCGGUGGCGUCUGGGGCCCAAUCCCGAUCCACUUGAGUGAGCUUUCUCCCGAAGCGCUCCGCGCGACUGCCGUUGGCCUCACGUACCAGCUGGGUAAUCUGGCCUCAUCGGCGUCGGCUACGAUCCAGGCCAUAAUCGGCGAGAGGUUCCCGUUGGAUCCCAAAAAUGGGGUCAAGAGGUAUGACUACGGGCGGGUUAUUGGCAUCUUCAUGGGGGCUGUGUGGGUCUAUGACUUGCUGUUCCUGUUCCUUGGGCCCGAGAUGAGCGAGGAGGAGAGGGCGGAGUUCGCUGCAUCUGCGGAUGAGUUUGAGAGGCUGAGGAAGUCAGGUGUUAGCCUGGCUGAUAUCGGCGCCGAGAGGGCUAAGGCUGCGAUGUUGGAGAAACACACGUCUCAGGGCGAUGUGUACAACAACGAGAAGCCGGUGGAUAUUGAGCACAUCGAGAGUUAA